AUGACCCCCUCCGCUCGCGAUGCCAACCUCAACGAGGGAGCUUUAUCUCGAUUAUGCAAAGCUAUUCAGGACGACAUCGACAAUGGGCGAAUGUUUGGUACUUCCAUCAUCGUGGCGAGAGGAGGCAAAAUUGGCCUACAAAAGGUGUUCGGUACAGUGACCCUGAUGGCCGAGCUGCUUGCGACGAUGACAUCUACCUCGCAAUGCCGCUUCACCCUGGACACAAAAGUCGCCGAAAUUCUUCCCGAGUUUGGCGUUGGUGGCAAUAGUCGCCAACUUCUCAACCAUACGGCUGGCACAUUCCGUGGUUUUCUACCCCCAGGAAUCUCUGUGGAAAACCUAGGCAAUCUAGAUCAACAUUAUGCCUCUGUUGCUAGUAUCCCGAUCGAGUACGUCCCGGGUACUCAAUGUGUCUACAAUCCGUUUGCUAGCUACGCCGUCUUGGGAAAGAUUCUUGUGGCCACAGAUCCAAAGGAACGCAACUUCCGCACUAUUUCCAAGGAAGAACUGUUUGACCCGCUGGGGAUGGGACAUUCAUGCUUUGGCCUGGCUGAGGAUCACGCAAACAGGGUACCAGUAUGCCAUACCUCUAAACAGACCAAUACUUCCACGCCUUCGACCCAGCAUAUGCUCACUAAAGGGUGUACCAAUGGAAACGAGAUGCCUGCCGCGUCCGCCUUCUGCACCAUUCACGAUCUGUUCCGGUUUGUCGAGGCAAUGAGACAAAGGGGCGUCAUUGGAGAUUACCGACUCAUGUCCAAAGCGUUAUUCGACUACGCUUGCAAGAACCAUACGGUGUCACUGUCAAACAGUGCACUUGUCCCUGAGAAGGAGCCCAGGAACAUACCUGACUCUCCGGCCCUGUACUCACUGCUUGGCGGCUACGUUCGAGGUGAGGGCCAUUAUCUGACUAGCGCUGGAUAUACAGCCUCUCCUCGAGCCUUCUACAGUGUUGGUGGAGGCUCGACCAUGUGGAUGGUCGAUCCAGACCGCGAUCUCAGCGUGUGUUUCCUCAGUGCUGGCUUCAUCGAGGGACUUCACCACCUUGAGCGCCUGUCCAAGAUCAAUGACCUUGCCCUAGCAUCUUGCGAUUAG